UUAGUGACGUUUUUGAAAACGCCGCAAAAGAUUUUAAUUACCAUCGUUUUCAUAAAAAACGCCACAAACAUCUCCCUUUACUUUCCUCAAUUCAAAUUAUCCCCGAACGGCUUUUAUCUUUCUCCUUUUACUUUGGUUUCGAAUUUUUACUCUAUUUGACAUGAGAGGAUUUCUAAGCCUUUUGCAGCGAAAGCCAGGGCCUGUGUGAAGGCGUUGAGGUUAUGCUCCGAUCUAGAUGUACAAAACCUGGAGGUGGAGGGGGACUCUCUAACGGUGAAUAAGAAGGCGCGCGACUACAGAUGACACAGAUUCCUCAGAAAUAACGGGAUAUAUGGAAGAUGUGAAGAGACUAAGUAAAGUUUUUCGAAGCUGUACCUUUUAUGCAUGCGAAAAGAUCGGCCAACGAAGCAGCGAACUAGUUAGCCAGAGAAGGCCUUCAACAAGAACAAGAAUUAUUUUUGAGGAAUGGGAUUCCACAGGUUGCGGCGAUUCUGGUUGAGCGAGACCGUAGUUUGUUGGACGCCCCGAACUGAAGAGCUUUGGUCGAUGAAGGAAAGGGAAGCAGCAGGAGUUCUGUUCAUCGCGUUUCCCUGGCAGAUAAGUAGUUUCUCCUGGGUUUGUUGCUUCUGUCAUUUCUACUGAUAUGCUAGAAUGUUUAUUUUUUCUGCGUAUUUAGAAAUCUUUGCUGGGUCAUUUUUAGUUAACUUUUGGGGGCAAUCUGUUGCCCCAUGAGUUGGUGUGUUUAUGCUAAUUAUUCUGGUAGCCCAAUCGCCUUGUCUUGGGUUUGAUUUACCAAUUUUACGCUCAAGAAACUUGGAAUAAGUUAUGAUUCUUUUGGAGUAUGACUACUGUAGUUUAUCUCAAAGGAUGUAUGCAACUGUACCAACUAUUUGAAAUGAGUAUUAAUUCAUUGCACCUGUCAUCAUGCUUAUUUUGGUUAGGUUUCUAGUUAACUGGGAUUUUAUCCUGUUUUGCAAUAUCAGUACACUGUUAUAUGCUUCUGCUUUUUUAGGGGAAAUUUUUUUUCCUGUAUGGAUAUGCUAAUUUUCGUAUCAGAUUUUAGUAUUCUAUUAUUUUUAGUGCCAUAGUUCAUACUCCUAAAUGAUUGGAUUAUCAUUUUGAUUGUGAAGAUAGUAGUGAUGACAAAUUUAGGGAGGUUUUGUAUUUCAACUUAUGAGAAUCUGUCGAUUUUAGGUUUUGUUUUGAUUUAUUCAUUAUUCUUUCAGAUGCAUCCUUUUCAGGAUCAUACUCCAAAGUCUUCUGCUUCAACUGAUUUGCAUAGCAAAGCAACUGCCUAUGCAAGAUUGAUACCUUCAAAGAAAAAGUUACUUUUCAACUGAUUUUAGGCUUGAAUUUUAUGUUCUUCAAAGAAACAAUUUGCUUCCUUCAUCAACUGUUGUUUUAUAUGGUAGCAGACAUUGAUACCUUCAAAGAAAAAGUUACUUUUCAAGUUCCCCGACACUUAUAUGUAUCACAAAUAAACUUUAAGAGUAUUUCCUUCUCUUCAUGGUUGUUUAGAGCAGUCAAAUAUUAUUCUUUUUUAGGGUGUAUUCUGAGUUUUGCACUCAAAUUGAUUUGUUUGCUUUGGACCAUUGUAUGAUAUUCCGAGAUAGGGGAAAAGCAUGGGGAUUUUCUUAUGUUUAGUUAUAUAGAUAUUGCAAUGAUUUAACCGAUUUUGAUCCUGAUUUUACUGAUUUUUUAAGGUUUGUCUUACUAUUUCACCUAAUGAAUUCAAUAAAUUUUGGAAUUAAUAUAUAUAUAUAUUUUAUGUCGUAUGCAGGAGCAUGAAUGACUUUGAUAUCUGGGCUGUGGUUAAUCUUAGCUCAAACUUUCUCCCUUUUUAUGGCCUUUUUGGCUACUCGGUAUAUGCUUUUCAAGCCCAAAUGUGUCCAAAAGGAGAGAAUAGAACCGGAGGACAUGUAUGUAUUAUCAGGAGAUGGGGCUAUCAUAUCUUCACUUUCUCCAAAGCCAUACCGUCAUAAGCCUCCUAAAUGCUCUGAUUGUGCUUCGCUUUUCAUGAAGGCAUAUCAUAUGCGUAAUGCUGGGGCUGUGAUCCACAGUCACGAAAUGGAAUCCUGUCUUGCAACAAUGAUCAAUCCACAUUUGAAAGAGUUUCGUAUCACUCAUAUGGAAAUGAUAAAAGGAAUCCAAGGACAUGGUUACUACGAUGAACUUGUGAUCCCAAUUAUCGAGAACACGGCUUAUGAAAACGAGCUUAUUGAUUCUCUUGCUAAAGCUAUUGAAGCCUAUCCUAAAACAACUGCUGUGCUUGUCCGCAAUCAUGGCAUAUAUGUAUGGGAAGACUCAUGGAUUAGUGCUAAAACUCAGGUGCAUAUUUGGCUUUCUAUUCUAGUGUUUUGGAUUCUCUGGCGGUUGAAUUGAAAGCAUCAAAGGACUUUUCUAAGUUAUAUGCAGGCAUUGCAAUACUUUGGCUUCAUCUAAGCUUGAACCAGCCCUCUGUUGUAUAUUGUUUCUUCUUCUUUUCUGAUCUUUUUCCUUUAAUUAAUGAGAGGUGAUGAUGAUUUGGCAUUCUUUUCUCACCAGGAUGAAUAUUGUUUUAGAAAUAGUAAUACUUUGUGAAUGUGUCUGUGUGUGUGUUUUUAUGUAUUAAAUUACAUAUUGAAUCAAUGUUUAUGUAUUAAAUUUAAAUUCAUUAAUUUUUAUAUUUAGUUUUAAAGUUAAGAAUUUUAAUAGAAA